AUGUUCUCCGUCAUCCUUCCCAGCCGGCCCUGCCUCACCAACGUAGUUCCCAUACAGUCCGACCCCACCACCCCCGCGACGAACUUCGCCUUCACGUUCUCCGCAGCGCCCAACUGUCUACAUCCAAUUCCCACCCGACCUCCUCCUCAACCGGAACAGCGGCCUCGAAAACCAAAACCUAGCCGCAACCGCAACCGCAACCCAACCGCAACCCCAACCUCAGCAUCCCCCAACUUCAAAUUCCUCGGCGCAAUCGCCAACGAGAAACCCUCCGCAAUCUUCAAGGUCAACUUCCCCGGCCCCCGACGGCGUACAGAGGCAGAGGAGGAAGAUGACAUGCUGGAUGAAGGCGCCACCCGCCCCCUCGUGGAUACAGAUAUAAACCCCAACGCAACAAUCACGCUAGGAGUCUCCAUCGAGCCCGCGCAGAACGUUGCGGCGAUGAUGGCUAAUCUCCAGAACCAGCUGCAGCCCUCAUUACCGUCCACGACGGAUCUGGUCAGAUUGUCUGGCCAGCAGGCUGCGGCGGCAAAGUUGACGCCGCCGGUCAGUACUAGGAUUCUUGCGCAGCGGAUAAUUGGCAAUGCGUUCAAUUAUUUGGCAAGCUUUGCGGCGUCGGAUCCUAGAGCUGGGGGGGAGGAGGUGGUGCCGUUGAGAGCGUUUAGGGAUUGGUGGACGAAGUUUGAGAGGAGGAUUGACUCUGAUCCGAGCUUUUUGGAGAAGGGGGAUGGCGUGUAA